GUCGGUUGUUGCCCAUGCCCAAGAGCACCCUCAGCACGGGGCUGUUCCAGCAGGGCGCUAACAAUCCCUCGGGGCUGUACUCGUGCCGGUUGGACCGCAUGCCCUCGCGCUACAAGGCGCUGGUGUUUCCGCUGUCACACACCCUGCUGCAGGUGGUCCUGCAGCAGCGGCAAGAGCAGCGUAAGCUCAAGGAACAGCAGCAGCAACUGCAGCUGCAACGCGGCUCCUCGGGCUCACCAGCAGGGGCAGCAGGCGCAGCCGCCGCCUCCCGCCAACCACCCUCUGCCCUGCGGGAACUCUGCUCAACCGCAGCCGCCACAGCCGGCGGCGCCACGAGCGACGGCGGUUGGAUCAUCAGCGACUGCAACGAACACCUGCAUGCCGUACACAGCCCCUCCCGUGAUGUGUAUGUGCUGACACGUGUCAACGGUCGGCGGCCGCACUCCAUGGUACUCGCAACAGCGGAUCUGGGCGUGCUGGGUGGGAUUGGAGGAGCAGGAGGGUUGCUGGCGGGUGCAGGGACGGUGGGGUCGGGCGCAGGCGGCAUGGCAGGAGGGGAUGUGGUGGGGGUGCUGGGGGGAGCAGGGGCAGCCACGCCAGGAGCAGCGGCUGGGGGUACGGCAGCGGAGGGGUGCUCGCAUCUGGCGGUGUAUCUGGCGUUUCCGGAGCGGCUGCCCCGGGCGCUGUUGGAGGGGGCGCUUGCGGACACGCAGCUCAUCAUGCGGAGGCUCAUCGCCCCCCUCAUCCGCCAACGCUUCGAGGCCGGCCUGUCCGAGGAGUGGACUGCGCUGGCCGCGGCCGCCAACAACCUGCCCAGCCCGGGGGGCCCCGCGGUGCGCAUCGCAGCCUCCCUGUCAGCAUCCCAGGCGCGACACUCGCUGCCACCCGGACUGGGAGCAGGGGGGGCAGGAGCAGCAGGGGGGGUGAUGGGUGGGGCGCCACCGCUGAUGAUGUCGUACAGCGCGAUGGCGGGGACACCGCCGGAGGUCUCCCCUAGCGGCAUCGUCACCGCCUUCCCCAGCCCCGCAGCCCUCGUGGCGGCCGCCAUGUCCGCAUCCCCCGACAUGACACCCAACGGCGCCCCCACCCCCAACAUCCACAACAUCCACAACAACAGCAACACCUGGCUUUCCCGGCUAGGAGGCGGAGCAGGCGGUGGUCCCCACCCCGCCACCGCCACCCCCGCCCCCUACCUGCCUACCUCGAUGUCCCCCCCUCAAGGCGGCGCUUCCACACUAGCACUAGCCAGCUCCAGUGCUUCUAACGGCGGCGGCGGUGGUGGUGGUGGUGGUGUGGCAGGCAAUAGCAGUUACCUGUUAGGCAUGGUGAACCCGCUGACCAUCAUGGGGCCCAUGGGAGGAGCAGGAGGGGCAGCAGGCGGGGGAGGGGGCGGCAUGUCCACCUCGGAGCUGCACCUGGAGGGGCUGUCAGCGGGGGAGGCGCUGCAGCAGAUGUCGGUGCUCGUGUCGUCGUACAUGGACACGUUGCAGGCGUUACAGGGGCAGCUCAUGGCGUGCGACAAGGUUACCGAGUCGCUGCGCCGCGAGGACCUGCCGCACCUGCACCUGCUGGAGGUGUUGGGGCACGGCGGGGGCGGGGUGGUGUUCCGCGGCAAGCUCCAUGCACUGGAGGUGGCGGUGAAGGUGUUUGAGGUGCCGGGCGACCUGGCCACUGCAGCGGGCCUCUCCUCCCUGCAGUCGCCCUCCCCCGCCGGCGCCCUGCCCGGCUCCCCCACCGCCACCGCCACCACCGCCAUCUCCCCUGCUGCUACCGCUGCUGCUGGCAGCGAUCUCCCCGGCGGUGCCGCUGCUGCAGCAGGCGCAGGAGCAGGAGGAGGCGGUGACGGUGGCGGCGACAAGGGUAAGGCCGCCUGGCCGGCAGUGGGCGACCGGCGGGUGCUGCAGCGGAGCGCACUGGAGCUGGCGGUGACUGCCAGCAUGAGCCACCCGCACAUCAUUCAGGUCUACAGCCUCUACACCAACAUGGUCCUCGUGAAGCAGAAGCCGCCCCGACAGGGCACCAGCGGCGUGCAGCUGCUGGAGCUGAGUGCGGCCACCGCACUGAGCCGCGCGGAGGACGGCAUACCCUGCUCCGCACUGUGCAUGGAGUACUGCGACAUGGGCACCCUGGCUCACGCCAUCGACCAGCACCGCUUCAUGACGCUCACGCCGCUGGGCGCCCGCCGGCCCGCACUCAAGGCCAUCUGCACCACCCUGCUGGAGGUGGCGCUGGCGCUGCGGCACCUGCAUGCGCGCAACCUAGCACACUGCGACCUGAAGCCGGCUAAUGUGCUGCUCAAGAGCUCACGGAGGGACAGCCGGGGCUUCACGUGCAAGUUGGCGGACUUUGGUUACGUGUCGGUGCUGAAGGCGGCGGUACCGGGGGGCCGACCCACGGUUCUGCCCGAGGAGGCGUGCGGCACCGUCACCCAUAUGGCGCCGGAAACCUUCAUCAAGGGUCAGCCCCUGGACUUCUCCGUAGACACCUUCUCUUUCGGCAUCCUCAUGUGGGAGCUCUACACCUGCGCCCGCCCCUACGCGGACGUGCCGGAGGACCAGAUUGCGCAGCGGGUCACACUGAAGGGGCUGCGACCCACCUUCCCGCCGGACACCCCCCGGGCCUUUGGUGCGCUGGCCCGCCAGUGUUGGAGCCAGGACCCCAACGAGCGGCCCAACGCAUCCGAGGUGGUGCGCGCGCUGGAAAACAUGCUGCAGAUCAUGAACACACAGCUGCCCGUCAUCCCGCCGCUUAAACCCAAGCAGCCGGCCCAGCAGCAGCAAGGGCAGCAGCAGCAGCAGAUGCAGCAGCCAUCACCUCCACCUGUUGCAGGACAGCAAGGCGGACAGGGACAGCUGGUGGUCUUGCAACCGCAGGGGCUACAGCAGCAAGGGCAGCAACAGCAGCAUCCGCCGUUGGGCCGGCGACACACGCCCGCGGGGCUGUCUCCACUAGGAGAGAUGCGAGGGGCAGCAGCAGCAGCAGCGGGAGGUGGAGGUGGAGGAGCAACAGCAGAGGCGGCAGGGCUGGGGGCGUUUGCUGCUGCGGCUGCCAACGGAGGCGGUGCGUAGAAGGGUCGGCAGUGCUGGCUGCUGCCGCUGUUGUGGGUGAGGAGGAGGAGGAGGUGGAGGUGUCAUUGUGGGGUUUUUUACUUGUUAUUUGCUUCAUUACUUGGUAAAUAUGUGUUGUGUGGUUGCGAGGUUGUUGCAGGUAUGUCUCCAUCCAUACCAUGUGUUGCCGGGUUGUUUCAUCGCGGGUGGCGGGUGUCGCUUCCCGCUCGUGUGAACAAGCGGGUGAUGCAGUGGUGGUGUGUGCAUGCAUGCUUUCCCUUGCUGGGUCGGCACUGCUGCUGCUGUUGUUGCCGCCAUUGCCGCUGCUGCUGCUGUUGGCUUUUGCCGCGCAGGAGAAAAGCCCUUGCUGCUGCUGCUGUUGCUGCUGCUUGUUUAGCGGUGCUGUAUUAUCAUCUGGGUUGCUCGUGCUGUUAUAUUAGAAACUACUACUACUGGCGCGGCUACCUAGCUCUGCUGCAGCGGCUUUUUAUACUUGGAGGCGCUGCUGGUUGUUGCUGUUGGGCUGCAACACACGCGAACAUGCGGUGCUCUUGCGCUCAUAACAAACCCCUCUCGACCCAUUCUCCCAUCCGCCAUGGGAACCCGGACUGACGAACUCGUACGGGGCUAGGACAACACGACCAGCCUGGUACACCCGCUGUGCCCGGCUGUUGUAGAGCGAGGCCGCUGGGGGCCGCAUCAUGCGACCCAUAGACCGGAAUUAAACUGCUGCUGCUUUGCGGAUGUGCUGUGGACGUGCGUUACGCCGCCCUAUACCUCGCGGCGAUUACUUCGAAAGCGUUUUUUCGUGACUGCCCUUCCUUCAAAUGCAUGCAAUAUGAGUGAGUGGCUUUAGAGAGGUGUGUGUGCGAGUGCAGUCAUGCAUGCAUGGGCGCGCAAGCCCAUUACGUAUCCGCUGAUCGUUGCUUGGACGUUUCGCAGCCCGGGUGAACGUCUCGGGGGUGAUGUCUUCAGGGCGCGCCUCAAGAGCGCGCUCUCCGUUCUUCGCGGUUCUGUGAAAGAGUCGUUUCUGUAGAGGUUCUUGCAUGCAUGCUUGGGCUACGAUUGAGGCUUUUCCUGUUUGUGUAGCUGUGUGUUGUGUUUUAGCGAGGCGGGGGCAUACACGUUGGUCAACCACGCUUUGCGCAAGUGGACACUCGAGGGAUGAAAGCUGGGGAGUGUCCUUGUGGGGCCCCACCGUCUUGAGAAGAGAAGGUAUUUUUGGGGGCAGACGGGCUUUACUCCUUGAGGAAAGGGUGUAGGGUGUAGGGUAGAGCGUGGAAGCGUGUUAAGAGGAGGGAGAGGGGGGGCGGAGAGGAGCGAAUGGCGAGGAGGGAGGUAUCCCUGACUCGCGCGGGGGCUGCGGCCCACGUCGGUGAGGGUGUGGUAACAUUCCCAAGACAGCCGGAAUGCGAAUACACUCUUCAGGUGCACACAGGUUUGAGAGGUUGGCUGUGGGUGUUAAGAAAACGUGCCGCGAGUUGGAACGUACUGGAUUGUCGGAAGAUGAUGUCAGUGUGUGUGGGGGGGGGUUGGCUGUGUGUUGGGGCUGUUGGGGAUUAUUGGGGUUACAGGAAGGAAGGGGUUGGGGAACCUAAGAAGGCACUCUCCUGUUUCUCGGAUGACAGCACGGCAGGGCAUGCACCUGACGCGGAGCUUACUGUGAACUUUUGGCAACACACGAGGCGCUGAACGACUGGGGCGGCUGGCCUUUCUCUAACUUGGUUACGGUAAACAGGGACGGCGGGUCGAUUCGGGUUGAUAAUUGUUCGACGCACUCCGAGACGCAGACACAUUUGAAUGCUGGGCUGCUUUGCCGCUGUUAUUGCGCGAUGCAGUCGUUGUUCCUUUCACACAUACAGACACAUGGGCUAAGGUGAACGCGCAGGUAUAGCGUAUGUUGUCAUUGUAUUUGUUUACACCGGUUUGUGCUUGCGUGACCUGGUGCGGCUGUGGCUGUGCUGCUGCCUUGGUUGUGCUGCCGCUGCUGCUACGCUAUGUUUUGGGAUGUGCUGACAAUCAUUGCACAAUACCCUUUCCUGCUUUUCUGCAUGAGCGCUGUUGUGUGCUAGGCGCUGCCACCGCUGAUCAUCGAUGGAACCCCAUGAGACUUGUGACCCCCGGACUGUUGUAAGGGCGUGUUGUGCCCCGGCCACAUAGGAAGGGCUUAUCUGUGAAAGGACGCAGCGGUAGGCUCCUCCAUAGUUGCUCUGCACGUUUUGCUGCCGUACAAUAGCUGAGCUACUACGACGGGUAAUAGCACUAAUAUGGCACGACGUGGCAAGCGGGCGAGCCACCCCGCCGCUAUAUGCAGGGCAUGGCAGGCACUGUCAGUUAGGGCCUUGGGGCGUCGGAUGGUUGGAGGUUUGGGGUGACGCGCUGAAUUUUUGUCAACGGCUUUCCGCAUCCUCGUCAAAGUGAGCCGUGAUGCAGACUAGCAGCUUGAGGGCCGUACGGUAGGAGGGGGUAAUAACCUAAAAGUAUGUCCUAUGUAGAGUGCGGGUGUCCGGUACCAUCGGUGGGGCUGCACGCUGCAGUCAGGGUGUAAUACACACAGGUUUUGCACCUGGAUGGGUUACUGGGGAGGUCGUGGGUGGCGCUGGAACUGUUUUGUAUGUCGUUGGCGCAUGUAAACACCCGGAGAGAGAAAGGGGGAGGAUUGAUUGGGUGUGUUUUGAGAUGAAUGGAACCGAGGCAGGCUACGGUACGAGUCGGUACAUUGAGGGUUGUUUGAAAUUGAGAGCUGUUUAAGCGCACACGAUGCCAAGGGUUGCCGCGGCGUGAUUGUUGAAGUAAGGGUGACCCCACA